AUGAACAGCAGGGACCCAGGGACGCUGGCCGUGGAGAGAGUGAAAUUCUUCGGCCGGCACCGCGGGGAGGUCAACUCUUCUGCCUUCUCUCCCAAUGGCCAGAAGCUGCUCACAGCCGCCGAGGACGGCUGUGUAUAUGGAUGGGACACCCAGAGUGGGCGGUUGCUGUGGAGACACAGGGCCCACCCAGGCCCCGUGAGGUUCUGCCGCUCCUCCCCCCAUGGCUGCCUCUUUGCCAGCACCUCCUGUGACUGCACCAUCCGCCUGUGGGAUGUAGCAGAAGCCAAGUGUCUGCAGGUCCUACAGGGUCACCAGCGGAGUGUGGAGACCAUCAGCUUCAGCCCUGACGCAAAGCAACUGGCAUCAGGCGGCUGGGACAAGAUGAUGCUCUGGGAGGUGCAGUCAGGCCAGGUGCUGCGCCACUUGGUGGGACACGGAGACUCUGUCCCAAGCAGUGACUUCACACCCAGCUCAGACUGCUCGGCCACUGGCUCUUGGGAUUCCACCAUCCGCAUGUGGGACGUUCGGGCAGGGACCCCAGUGAUCUUCCACCAGGAGCUGGAGGGCCACAGUGGCAACGUCAGCUGACUGUGCUACUCAGCAUCCGGCCUAUUGGCGUCCGGCUCCUGGGAUAAGACUAUCCACACCUGGAAGCCCUCAACCGGAAGCCUGCUUGUCCAGCUCAAGGGCCACAUCACCUGGGUGAAGAGCAGAGCUUUCUCCCCUGAUGGGCUGCAGCUGGCCAGCACUGGCUACUCCUACAUGCUCAAAGUCUGGGACUGCAAUACAGGAAAGUGCAUUGAGACCCUGAAAGGAGUCCUGGAUGUGGCCCACGCCUGUGUCUUUACCCCAGAUGGGAAACUCUUAGUGUCUGGAGCUGCUGCUUAG